AUGACAAAUACGAGAAAAGACAUCAUUUAUGUUGUUGUUGAUCUUUGGCCAAUCGCUGAUAAAGCUCAAGAUGCAAAAAAAAUUUUAUAUGAUACAAUAGCUGAAGCAAAAAAAGAACGAACAUGUUUAAAAUAUGAAUUAUGUGAAAAUGUAAAUGAUCCAUCACAGAUAACACUUCUUCAAGCAUGGUCUACUGAACAAGCACUUGAUCAACAUUUAACAAGCGAAGUUAUUAAUAAAGCUACUGCAGAACUUCGUCAGCUUCUAAGCAAACCAACAGAAAUUCGUCGUUAUAAAAAUAUUGGUUAA